AUAUGGUGCUCGUGAGAUUCAAUUUAUUCGUGGAAUCAGCCCCUGAUUUUGAUUGAUCGACCGAAACGUGAAAAUCAGCGAUCGCAGAAGCGGAUUAUAAAUCAAGGGAGAAGAGGAGGAAACAUAUCCGGGAAUUAAUGUGACUGAGGUUAAAAGAAAGAAGCCAACGCAGAGAGUUAGGAAAAUUGUAAUCAUAAAAUGACUAUGGACGUGAGCAAGUCUGAGCCUAAUAGAAAUGGUGCUACCCAGCAAGAAUGUGCAGGCUGUGGAAAAGCAAUAACCGAAAGGUACUUAUUGAAAGCCUUGGACUUGUUCUGGCAUGAAGACUGUUUAAAAUGUGGAUGUUGUGACUGUAGGCUUGGGGAAGUAGGAUCUACAUUGUAUACGAAAGCAAAUCUUUUACUCUGCAAACGAGAUUAUCUCAGACUUUUCGGGAAUACAGGGCACUGCGCUGCCUGCAGCAAAAUAAUUCCUGCCUUCGAAAUGGUCAUGAGGGCCAGAGCCAAUGUUUAUCAUCUCGAGUGCUUCGCGUGCCAACAAUGCAAUCAUAGAUUUUGCGUCGGCGACCGAUUCUACCUGUGUGAGAAUAAAAUUCUUUGCGAAUACGACUACGAGGAAAGGCUCGUCUUCGCGAAUAUGGCACUCCAUCCGCCGGCGAAUGCUACUUUGGCGCAUAUGAAGACUCGAAUCACUCACCUUGCAGCAGCCGGACUUGAUCAGUUUUCCUUGAGAGAAUGUCAGAGCUAUGAGGCUCUAAGGCGAAGGAAGACCCCUGACGACAUAACCCCUUAA